AUGGUUUCGACGGUGUUGAUACCGCUGAUGUCGGUGGCGAGGCGUCUGCCGCCCGACGACAAUCCGGGUGAGGGGCGGUGGCGGUCCACGUGCUGCAGUCCGACUUGUAGUAGACUGCUGCCGUACAGCAGCAAUGGGGAUGAGGGGCGGUGGCGGUCCACGUGCUGCAGUCCGACUUGUAGUAGACUGGUGCCGGACAGCAGCAAUGGUGAUGAGGGGCGGUGGCGGUCCACGUGCUGCAGUCCGACUUGUAGUAGACUGGUGCCGGACAGCAGCAAUGGUGAUGAGGGGCGGUGGCGGUCCACGUGCUGCAGUCCGACUUGUAGUAGACUGGUGCCGGACAGCAGCAAUGGUGAUGAGGGGCGUUGGCGGUCCACUCCGACUUGUAGUAGACUGGUGCCGGACAGCAGCAAUGGUGAUGAGGGGCGGUGGCGGUCCACGUGCUGCAGUCCGACUUGUAGUAGACUGGUGCCGGACAGCAGCAAUGGUGAUGAGGGGCGGUGGCGGUCCACGUGCUGCAGUCCGACUUGUAGUAGACUGGUGCCGGACAGCAGCAAUGGUGAUGAGGGGCGUUGGCGGUCCACGUGCUGCAGUCCGACUUGUAGUAGACUGGUGCCGGACAGCAGCAAUGGGGAUUAG